CUAAAAAUCCAGGGGAAAAAAAGCGGGUUUUCUUUGUAUCCGUGGUAUUAAAGGUACUUGGUUCUGUGUAUGUGUUCAUAUUUACGGCGUCAUACGGCACGGCGUCGCUCGCUGUUGUUAGCUUCGUGGAAGAUGUACCCCGUACUUGGACAGGACCACCUCGCGACGUUUAACCCCUAAUGCCAUCGAAUAUUUCUCAGUAUUUCGACUUUAAAUUCCUCCUUUACGUUGCUGCUACCUGUUGUGAGUUAACGCCACGUCAGAUAAGGUGUUUUGAACACUUUUGGGGUCAUUUCCCUAAAUGUUUUUGGGGAUUAGCGUGGCCGCGUAAGGCUCAAAACAAAUUUAUUAGUUCAAUCGUUUUUUGUUUUUGUCGUGUGUGAGAUGUGAGCCAACAUGUCGUCUUAUACACAGAAAGCAAUACUUUGGCUCUCAGCCUCAGGGGAGGUGUUUGUUUACCACCUUACCGCAUAGCCACAAUACUUCUGGUAUUGUGUCACACAAACAAACUCACUGUAUGACUCUAUGCACUGAUCAGCGAAUAUUACAUGUGUGGUGAAGCUGGAGCUCCUCAGACGGCCCGCCAUGAAGAGAAGUCGGCACCCCAGCAGCAGCGACGAGUCCGACAACGCCAGCAAUUCCACCUGCUGGUCCCAGACUUCAUCGCAGGCCAGGAGAGGACGCAGACAGAAACCGUCUGAGGUCUUCAGGACGGACCUGAUCACCGCCAUGAAGGUGCACGACUCGCACCAGCUCAACGCGGAGGAUUACUACGUCCUGGCCGAUCCGUGGAGGCAGGAGUGGGAAAAGGGCGUGCAGGUGCCCGUCAGCCCGCAGUCCAUCCCGGAGCCCGCGGCCCGGGCGCUGAGCGACAAGAGCAAGGAAGUCAUGUUCGUCAGGCCCAAGAAGCUGAUCCGCACGUCGGCCGCCCAGGCCCUCGGCUACGUGGACAUCCGGACUCUGGCCGAGGGCACCUGUCGCUACGACCUCAACGAGGAAGACGUCACCUGGCUGCGGGUCGUCAACGAGGAGUUUGCCAAGUUGGCCCUGCCGCCACUGGACGAGUUCGCCAUGGAGCGCGCCUUGGAGGAGUUUGAGCGCCGUUGUCACGACAACAUGACGCACGCCACCGAGACACAGGAGGGCCUGGGCAUCGAGUACGACGAGGACGUGGUGUGCGACGUGUGCCAGUCGCCCGACGGGGAGGACAACAACGAGAUGGUGUUCUGCGACAAGUGCAACAUCUGCGUGCACCAGGCAUGUUACGGCAUACAAAAAGUGCCAAAGGGCAGCUGGUUGUGUCGGAUCUGCGCCCUGGGCAUCGUGCCAAAGUGCCAGUUGUGCCCGAAGAAGGGCGGUGCCAUGAAGCCCACCCGCAGUGGGACCAAGUGGGUCCACGUCAGCUGUGCCUUGUGGAUCCCAGAGGUGAGCAUCGGGAACCCCGAGAAGAUGGAGCCCAUCACCAACGUGUCGCACAUUCCCAGCAACAGGUGGGCGCUCAACUGCUGCCUGUGUAAAGAAAAGAUGGGAGCCUGCAUCCAGUGCUCCGCCAAAAACUGCCGCAUUGCCUUCCACGUGACUUGCGGCCUCCACUCCGGCCUGGAGAUGACCACCAUCCUCACCCAGGACGACGAAGUCAAGUUCAAGUCCUACUGCCCCAAGCACUCUGGCCUUGAGGGCAUUGACUCUGGGGAGCGGGACUCCAGCGCUGAGGUAGAAAAUGAGGAAAGCCUCGGGAGCAAGAAGGGCAAACGGAGAGGAAGGGUUAGAGGGGACAAGGAAGAGGACACGGCCGCCCCCGGCCACAUCCCCCUUGCCUCGUCGUCCCCCUCGUCGUUGCAGUCGUCCCUGUGUCUUGUUCGUCAACGUGACCCGCAGGAAAAGCGCGUCAACGUCCGCAAGAUGAAACUGCAAGAGAUGGAGGAGGUCUUCUACCAGUUCGUGGACGUCGAGGAAGUGGGCCGUCACCUCAGGAUGGCGCCCGAGACAGUCGACUUCCUGUACCAGUACUGGAAGCUGAAGCGCAAAGCCAACUUCAACCAGCCGCUGCUCACGCCCAAGAAGGACGAGGAGGACAGCCUGGCCAGACGUGAGCACGAGGUGUUGCUGAGACGCCUGCAGCUCUUCACGCACCUCCGCCAAGACCUGGAGAGGGUCCGCAACCUGACCUACAUGGUGACCCGGCGGGAGAAGAUGAAACGUUCCAUGUGGCGAGUUCAGGAGCAGAUCUUCCAGCACCAAGUCCAGCUCAUAGACCAAGAGCUCCUCAGCAGUAAUCCGUCAGAGCAGGAUCUGCAGAGUCACUUCUCUAUCCUGGGCCUGAGCACUCAGCGGUCCCAAACUCGGACCCCGUGGAACCACUCGGAACACAAGACCAAACGACGAUCCAAGCAGGACAAGGGGAAAUGGCGUGAAAGGAAAGGACGCUCUGACUCGCCGCCGGUAUCGAAGGACGACUCCAGAACCCCUGAGGCCAAACCCUUGCAGGUCAAUGAGUUGGAUCAGGACUCCAGGCCCCCAAACCACCCUAACGACAACCUUGUUCUUCGGCCCAUGAAGUCCCCGAAGCAGGAGGUGACCGCUCAGGAAAGCGUUAGUGUGAAACUGCACAGAAAAAACGUUCGGAUCGAGGCCCUGGUGCCUGAACAGCUGCGAGAAAAACAGUCUGAGCAUGACGACCGGAAGCGGAAGCGUUGGACUGAAGUUUCAGAGGUCUCCGCCGCAGCCCUGAAGGGCCGCUUCGGCUCCAAGGGUCUGGACAGAACCAUUUCCAUCCGACUGGUAGAUAUUAGAUCAUCGGACGCUGGAGAAAGCAGAAAAAGGUCUGGGAAUUCUGACGUCAUCAACCACAGUAAGCUAAAGGACGCCCCUUUGGAUGUCCCCCGGGUGUCCAAUGGGUCCUUGAAAGGCUGGGGGAAGUUCCGGAUCCCCAAGCGCAGCGAGAAGAACGAGCCGGAACAAAGCAAACUCUUGCUGCGGCCGCUCACCAACACGCCUCCGCCCGGGCCCCAGCACCCUCGGACCCGCCUUCGUACGGGGGCCGAGAACGAGGGCGGCGGCGGCGGCUCCCCCGAGGCGCCGGAGCCCUGCUUGAAACGAUGCCACUCGCACCAGCUGAGGGGCGACGCCUCCCUCAGCCGACGCUACGGCUCCGACAUCAUCCGGCGCGGCGUCCUGGCGUCCUGACCGGGCGGGCUGGCUGGCCGGGGAAUGAAUCAAUGAUUGAUUGAAUGAUUGAAUGAAUGAACGGACGAACGAAUGAACUCUUAACCUUUUUAAUUUUCUGAAAACUAGAGCUGAUAUUUAUUUUUUACAUGUAACAUAAACUGGUAAAUAUUAGACUAAUUGGAGACACUUUUGAUGUUGCCCCGCGAGGCACCGCAAGCUGUCAUGAAUUAUGAUUUUUUUUUUUGUCAAAGGGUGGAACAUUUCCAGGAAAAUGUUGAAAAGUUUCGGAAUAAUGGGAAGUUAAAAUCGGAAACAUUCAUGUCCAAAAAUCCUGUAUUACCGUAAUUAUUGGAAGUCGCUGGUAAUUUCAAAUUUGCAGCCAAACAAAAAAAAAAUGGACCGGGCAAAGAGUCGGAACCUCUUUCAACUCGAGUGAGGAUGAGCGGCUUGGAAAUUGGACGGAUGAGUUUUACUCCAGCUUUUCAAAUUUCCGCGGGAAGUUUCCGACCCUCGUCGAAAGUACGUGUUGGUGUUUUUGCGCGGCGCAGGAAGUAACGGCGGCCCUUUUGGGACAAGUUUGAUUUUGUCCCGUUAGCGUCCGUGCCGCGUGCCUCACUUGGUUCAAUCGUUUGCACUACGAUGGGCUGGCCAGUUAUUUUUACACCAGACAAAAAUAUUUUCUAUCUUCGGCCGCUGCUGUACUGCUGUUAUGCAAAACUCGCUCUUGUUUUGUCUUUUGUCUGAAAAGACAAAUAAAAGAACAAAAACUCGA